UAGGGAUUUACCUCAUCCCUUGAUUAAAUUCUCAUCAAGGGCUGAGGUAAAUUUCUGUAUAAAAUCCUGUCUAAAUUUCCUGUUUGACUAGCAUUGCUCACUCCGAUAUAAUAUGAAUUGAACAGCUUAAAUAAAGGACAUGUUUGGUAUUGAUUUUUCACACAAAAAAUCAAUUUUUUUAUCGUUAUUUCACUAUUCAAGCCGUUAUUUUUUACUUCUUCUCUCACAGGUAGGAUCCACUUUUUUCUCCAACAGUCAAAAAAUCUAUUCUCAAAAUCACUAUCGAACAAACCCUAAAACGUCAGUUUUUAAAGAGGAAGAAUUUAUUUAUUUAUAUUUUUUGUUCAACAAGAUUCAUAUGAAAUUUUAGACCGUGGUCUUUAAAUGUAUACGGUGGGAAAAGUUGGUGUUAAGAUCCUAGCGGCCUAACUCCGCCAGUAAUCCUAUUAUGGAGACAUUAAUCAUAGCAAAAACCUUUUUUAUAUUAAUAUACUUGGGAAAAUGCAUAUUGUCCAGUUUUUUUCUUUCACGAUCUUAUAUAGGGGUUUCCUUUUUAUUGAAAUAAGUAUUUAUGAAUGCAGUUAAGAUGGGAAGCCGGAGCAGGGAGUAUUCAGAUAAAUGGUACAGAAUAUCAGCUUAAACAAUGUCACUGGCAUUCACCUUCUGAACACACUCUCAAUGGCAAGAGGUUCGAUAUGGAGGUUCACUUGGUCCAUGAGAGCAUGGAUAACAGGACCGCUGUGCUUGGAAUCAUGUACAAAAUUGGGCGCCCUGAUUCCUUCUUGUCCAUGAUGAAGCAACAUUUGGAAGCUAUUGUUGAUACGCAUAACGUAGAGAGAUCAGUAGGUGUUAUUGACCCAAAACUUCUUAAAUUAGGCAGUAGAAAGUACUAUAGGUACAUUGGUUCACUUACAGUUCCGCCCUGCACUCAAGAUAUUAGUUGGACAAUUGUGAGAAAGGUAAGGACCGUUACAAGAGAACAAGUAAAAUUGAUUCGCGAAGCUGUACACGAUGAGGCGGCUACUAAUGCAAGACCAGUCCAACCUAUAAAUCAGCGUUCUGUAAAACUCUAUAGACCAAGAGAUUAGAUAGGAGACUGAAUUUUUUUUUAUUUUUUUUUACAAAGUAUUAUUAUUUAUUUACAUUAUUACCAUAAUAUAUAGAUGGGAAUCCACAUGAUUCCAUCUUCCAUGGACUUAAUCAUUAUUUACAUUUAUUUAUUGUGAAAUUAAUAUAAGAGGAUAUUUUCAUGCCUA